CCGCGACGGACGGUCAUCUUAAAGCCUUGAAGACCCAUCGCCCGGCCUCCUCGCGGACACUGAUAUUUCAAGUCGCAGUGGUUGCAACAAACCACCGCCAUGGCAACAACAGACCUCCGCUCCGUGCUCACGGCCGAGCUCUUCCAAGGCAUGGUUGACUCCUCGAUUCCCUACAGCACAACCGAGCCGAUAGAUUUCAGCGAUGUGAUCGCAGGCAUGUUCGGCGGCGCCAGUGGGGGUGCUGAGACGUGGGAGAGCCUCAAAGACUCGGCCUGGGCCGCCCUCAAGGCACUGAGCGAGCUGGGAGUGGACAAGGCGGAGGACUUUGACUUCCAGCGCUACCUGCCACCUCCAGAGGACGCCAGCUUCCUGGCCCAGUCCCUGGGCUUCAUCCUCCUCCUGGACCAGGCACCCCGCCGCCUGUGCCACGGUCUCGACUCGCGAUACACGGACGCAUAUUUCGCCGUCUACGCGCUCCGCCUGUUCCGCUAUCUCCACGAAGACCCAGCGCUGCCGACGGAGCUGCGGCCUACGUCCUGGACGCGCUGGGAGGCGGCGGUCGGCGCGGCAUCGUUUGACUACUUCAUCGCCGCGCGGCUGUCCUUCAACGCCGUCCUCGCGCACAACGAGAGCACGGCCAAGGAGUGCCUCGCCUUCACAGAGGAGGCGCGUGUGCUGGUGGAACAGCGCUUCGGCGUGCGUGAUCCGCACCGCGACGAGCCGGACAAGCGUUGGGACUUGUACGGGUUCCCCAAGAUCAUCGCCAGCGCGGCUUCUGCUGGUGGCGGCAGCGGCCUGCCCAAGGGGCCCAUGGGUGUGGUCGAGGGUUGGUUCUGGCUCGCGUGGCUGGUUGACGUGCAUUACCCGAUCCUCGAGCGGUACGGCCGGUACCCGUAUCGCAACGGCGCCAUGGGCAGGACGAGCACCGUGGAGGAAGAGGCGUGGGUGGAGAAGGCGGCGGUCUUCCCCCAGCUACCGGCUGACGUGAGGGACCAUAUGAGGAUGGAUGCCGAGAAUGGUCGAUGGUCGCCUCUGGGUGCAGAGAUCAAGAAGACGGUCUCGGAGUAAACCCAUCGGUGGUGGUAUGACAUCUGGAGUCGUCAAUACUGGCGGAAGCUAACAUCGUAUAGCUGUCAAAUCAUAAGCUGAACCUCAUGGUAUUGGGUCAUCUAAUUUGUACUAGUCUUUUGUGACCCCCAAGCUUGUUAAAGUGACUAGCUUGUGGGCUUAUGGCUGGGAAUAAGCAGAGAGGAGACUACUAGUGACCUUCGCCUUCUGCGCAAGAAGAGAUUCUUGAUUCUGGUUGCUGACGCUCCCUUGACGUAGCCGCGACUGAGCCCGUCAAUACAGGGUCACAAAGUGGAAGGCCCUGCGUGGAGCAUAUUCAGAGAUAAGUAUGAAUCGCGAGGUCUGGGGAGCAGGAUUCUCUAUAGUUGGCGCGAUUGCAAUAGGACAGGUGAACC